AUGCCUCCUACGGCGGAUGACGGGCCCGAUGGCUCCUCCAUCAAGCCUGUCUCCUCCUUGCUCGCCCGCUUCGAGAACAUGAACCAGUCCACGGCCGCGCAGCCGCAAGCGUCCUCUCAGCCCAUAUCACCUGCUCCGAAGCCGGUGCGAUUGCGAACCUUUAAGCUGCCUCAAGAUUCUUCGUCGUCCUCCGCCCCUCAGACGCCGACCAAGGCAGCCGUGCCCGAUAGCCUUGCCGCCGACCGACCCUCUCGACCCUCGGCGCUCCAGGAGCAUGGCGUGCCGGCCCAGCCUACGCCGACAAAGCCAGUCCCGGCUUCGAAGCCCCAGAACCUGGCAAUGGCCCAGCCGCCGCCAGCCUUGCUGGUGCAGCCGCCGCAGUCGCCGCCGAAGGGCCGAGCAUCCGCCGUCGCUUCUGGCGGUCAGUCCCCUUUCCUCGACCCCGUCUCCGUCGUCGGUCCAGACAUACCAUGCGGCUCUCUGAACUCCAUCGGCACCCCGAACCGACCGUUAACCCCUCUCUCGCCCCGUGCCGCGCCAAAGUCGCCACACCUCUCGUCGCAGCCCCCGUCGCCUCCUCCGCCCCGCCGUUCGGUCGAGUCGCGAAGGGAUGGGAAGCAACCUCCGCCUCCACCGGCCCCCCGCGUGGACCGAAGCGCGACCCGGUCGAUACCCCCGGGCUUUCCGGAGGCACGAGGCGGCAACCCCUCGAUCAAGGCCGGCAUUUCCCAAGAGACGUCUCCUUUCGGCAGCCCGCCCGGCAGCCCCCUGGUCGACGAGCCACGGCCCAUCCUCCCCGCUCGGCCGAGGCCGCACUUGCAACCUGAUGCGUUCGUCGCGUCCAAAACAGAUCCUCUCGGCUUCGAGGCGCCGCAUGCGCACCACUCCCUCGCCGCCAACCGGGUUGGACUGGAGCCCGGCAUCAACGGCCAUGGCGGCCGUAAUUCCCCCCAGCGCACGAGAGACAACCGCGACCAGCCGCCGAAACCCAAGAUUACCGAACCGUACCAGCAAAGAGCAUCCCAACAGAAGACCCCCGGCAUCGCCGAGAUGCCGCCCGCGAAACCUCUGCGACCCACGAAGAGCGGCACUCACCAGCCCGAGAUACUCCCUGCAUCUGCCCCUGCCGGUCGACGUCCGGACCCGGACCCGGAGAUGACGGCUCGUCACCCUCCCCCCCCCUCGAACCGACAACUUGCGGGUGCUCCAUCUGGGCACCAGUCACCCGAAAGAUCGUAUCGAGACAACCAAGGCAUUUUAUCUCCAAUCCCCACGACAAGCAAAACCUCCUUCACCACCUCCACCGUUGAACCUGUCGCCCCCAAAUCGAAGCCGCCCAGCCAAAUCUCGACGUACCCCGAUGGGUCUAGCGCGAACCGCAGACCCCCUCACUUCAAACAGGGCUGCUCUGAGAUACAGACAAAGUAUGAUACGCGAACUCUGGAUGUAUGCGGAGAACUCGUUUGCACGACCGGAGUUUUGACGCGAGUUUGGAACAUCCUCGAUGGGGAACAACUGUUGAGCCUGGCUCAUACCGAGGGCGUCAGGGCCACUGCAGUCGCGUUUAAGCCCGGCAAGGAUGUAGACUCGGAAGGUGCCAUGUUGUGGAUCGGAACCAACAUAGGCGAGAUCAUGGAGGUUGAAAUCGCCACGCAGCGCAUUCUGCGGAGCAAAGGGGGCGUUCACACAAGGUGCGAGGUGAUACGGAUAUACCGGCAUUAUAACGAGCUGUGGACCUUGGACGACGGGGGCACUCUCCACGUAUGGGGUCCUGACUCGGAUGGAGUGCCAAACCUGGCCGGUCAACCGCACCAGAGCCAUAAGCUGCCGAGAGGGCUCACCUUCUCUAUGGUCGCCGGCGACGAGCUUUGGCACGUCGUCGGCAAGGCCAUACGCGUCUUUUCCCCCUCGGGCGGCGGAGCGCAGCCCUUCCAGGUACUCAUCCGACCACUGACGGCGGAGGGCGCCGGCGAGGUCAGCGCUGGAACGCAGAUGAAAACCCAUCCCGGCCAGAUCUUCUUCGGUCAUGUGGACGGCAAGAUUAGCGUCUUCUCUACCGUUGACUAUUCAUGUCUCACAAUUUUCAACGUGAGCUCUUGGAAAAUCAACGCGCUCGCUGGCGUCGGCAUGUACAUGUGGGCGGCCUACAACACGGGCAAGGUGUGCGUCUAUGACAUCGGCGAAAACCCUUGGACCGUGAAGAAGGAGUGGCAGGCGCACGAUCAGCCCAUCCUCAAGAUGAAGGCAGACCCGGCGAGCUCGUACCGACUCGACCGAGUCCAGGUCCUCUCGUUGGGUGCCGAUAACAAGGUAAAGGUAUGGGACGGGCUGCUGCAGGACGACUGGCUCGAGGAGGAAAUCAAGUCCAAGGAUACCAGCUACUGCCUCUUCGACGAACUAGAGGCAACCAUCAUGACGUGGAACGCGGGAGCAUCGACGCCCCAUAGCCUCCGCUAUUCGGAUGAGGACGCCAGCUUCUUCCGGGACCUUGUGCAGUCCAGCGGGUUACCGGACAUCUUCGUCUUCGGGUUCCAGGAACUUGUCGACCUGGAGGACAAGACCGCCACGGCGAAGCGAUUUCUCAAGUCGUCCAAGAAGAAGGAGGGCAGCGAACAGGAACGGAUGAGUCACCAGUACCGCGACUGGCGUGAUUUUCUGAUGAAGACUCUCGAUGAAUUCACGCCUGCGGAUGAUCUCUAUCACCUUUUGCACUCUGCUCCCCUCGUCGGCCUGUUCACGUGCAUCUUCGUCAAAUCCUCGCUGCGGGACCGGAUUGGCAACCUGAGCCAUGCCGAGGUGAAGCGAGGCAUGGGGGGGUUGCACGGAAACAAAGGGGCCAUCGUUGUUCGCUUUCAGGUCGACGAUACCUCUCUCUGCUUCUUCAACUGCCAUCUCGCUGCCGGGCAGUCCCAGUCCAACUCCCGCCACAACGAUGUCGCGGCCAUCCUCGACACGAACAUGUUUCCUGCCGAACGCAACCCGGAUGUGCGAAUCGACACGUACACCGGCGGCGGCGAUGGCUCCAUGAUACUGGACCAUGAGCUCUGCAUUAUGAAUGGCGACCUCAACUAUCGCAUAGACACCAUGUCUCGCGACACCGUGGUCAAGGCCGUCAAGCAAGGGAACCUGUCUAAGCUGCUGGAGCGUGACCAGCUUUUGGUCGCACGUCGGCGCAAUCCUGCAUUUCGACUACGCGCAUUUGACGAGCUGCCUAUCACGUUUGCUCCAACCUACAAGUAUGACGUUGGGACGGACAACUACGAUACCAGCGAGAAGAGAAGAAGCCCUGCCUGGUGCGACCGGCUGCUGUUUCGGGGGCGUGGUAGAAUCCAGCAGCUGGAUUACAAGAGGCACGAAGUACGGGUCAGCGAUCACCGGCCAGUCACCGGUAGCUUCCGACUAUGGGUGAAGAAGAUCAACCCCAGGGAGCGAGCCGACGCAUGGGUAGAGAGUCAACAGGCAUUUGAGGAAUUGCGACAGGAGGAGACAGCCGACGAAAAUGGCCGCAGGGCGCUGGUCUACAUCGUCGAUGUCGUUCAAAGAUGGUUUAUAGAGACCAUUUUACUGGCCUGGAAGCGGACGAUAUUCAUGGUGGUCCAGGUUUUGCCAGGACCUGCUAAUUUAGAAAUUCUUGUAAUGCCAUAG